AUGCCUCGGAAUGCGCUCUCCCCCGAAGCGCCUCUCACCAUGUCGACAAUUUCUGAGCAAUCCAUAUCGACCGAUUGGAACACCAACCGUUUAGGAGCGCGACUGGGAGUCGACGUUGCCAGCGCGGCGACAGCAGGAGCCUUGACAUGCCCGGUCAUCACGGUCAUCGACCGUGCGAUCAUUGAGAAAGCAGCAAAAGGCGUUUCUAUCCGCCAGACCAUCACCUCCUGCUUCCGAUCCAUGCUCACGAAACCGGGGGGCUUUUUCCUCAGCACUCCGUUCCUCCUCAUCUACACGCUCUACACGUCCACCUACCUCACCGCGAACACGAUUGACACCUUCACUUCCACCAUGCGCAACAAGCCCUUCGAGACUGUCUUCCCAGGCACCGCCAAGUUCCUCACCACAACCGCAGUGAACAUGGGCAUAUGUGUAUAUAAGGACGCCAGGUUCGCGCGGAUCUUCGGCGCAUCCUCCCCUCCUACAUCAGCUUCCGCAUCUCCGUCUGCGCCACCGUCACAAUCUGCACCCGCGUCCGCGUCCACGUCCACGUCCGCCCCAGCCUCCUGUCACCCCUCGGGCGCCGCGAAAGUCCCCAAGAUUUCCUACUCUCUUUUCUGUCUGCGCGAUAGCAUCACCAUCUUCGCUUCCUUCAACAUCCCCGCGCUCGUCGCUCCCUCCAUCCCGGAUACCAUUGCCGCCACCCCCGGAAUGAAAGCCGCCCUCGCGCAGUUCUCCUGUCCCGCUCUGAUGCAGUUCGUCAGCACGCCUAUGCACCUGCUCGGCCUGGAUCUGUAUAACCGACAGCCGCCUGGAGGUUUAGGUUGGCGCGAGCGCGCCUCGCGCAUUCGACGCGACUACGUCCCGAGUUGCUUUGCGCGCAUGGGCAAGAUCGUUCCCGCGUACGGCGUGGGCGGUGUUGUCAAUGUCCGGAUGAGAGCUUCUCUGAUGGAGUAUCUGGAGGGGAAGAAGAAUUAA